GCUCGGUAAAAUUAAGUCUGAAAAAAUAUUUCAUUGCUUUCACAAUUUGUUGUUGCGGUGAGGAUACAACAACUUUCUUCCGUGUUUCCCUUAUACGUUGAGCCUGUCGCGCACGCGCAGAUACACUCAAGGUUCACCAUUACUUUCACUUAGUUUUCUUAAGUCUCUUUUGGAACUAUUUAAGCAACAAAACAACAAACAUAGCGCUGAAACCUCGCUUGUGAGGCUCUCGACAGGCUGGGAAGGCUGGCAGUUACAUAACGUGAAGUGUUUAGCUCCAAUAUUAAGAAAAAGGACCGACAACAACACAUUUGGCUAACUUGGAUGGCUAAAAUGCGCUGACUUAAAUAUUGAGCCAUGACACCUCUACACUGAAGUCGCAAACAGCAGGUCACUUGUGUUGCCCAGAAGUGCCCACAUUCGUGAUCAUGGAGCGAGCGCCCCUCAAACAAAACCAGCAGUGUGGACCAUGGGAGAUGAAGGAGAGGCUUGGAAUGGGAGGCUUUGGCCACGUCUACCUCUACCAGCAUCUUGAGUCUGGAGAGAAGUUAGCUGUUAAAAUCUGCCGACUCGAUCUGAGCUCCAAGAACAAGGAACGCUGGAGCAGAGAGAUCCAGAUCAUGAGGAAGUUAAACCAUGUGAAUGUUGUUCAGGCUUGCCAAGUUCCAGAAGAAUUUAAUUCAGUUGCUCUGAACGACCUUCCUCUGCUGGCCAUGGAGUAUUGUUCCAGAGGAGACCUACGUAAAGUUCUGAAUAAACCAGAAAAUUGCUGUGGGCUGAAGGAGAGUGAAGUCUUCGCUCUUCUCAGUGACAUUGGUUGUGGUAUCCAGUAUCUUCAUGAAAAUAAGAUCAUCCACAGAGACCUAAAGCCUGAGAAUAUAGUUCUGCAAGAAACCAAUGGCAAGCUUGUUCAUAAAAUCAUAGAUCUUGGUUAUGCUAAAGAUCUUGACCAAGGCAGUGUCUGUACGUCGUUUGUUGGAACGCUGCAGUAUCUUGCUCCAGAACUGUUUGAGAGUAAACCAUACACUGUAACUGUAGACUAUUGGAGUUUUGGAAUAGUGAUCUUUGAAUGCACAUGUGGUUUCCGCCCCUUUUUACACCACAUGCAGCCUGUACAGUGGACAAGCAAAGUCAAGAAUAAAGGUGCCAAAGACAUCAUGGCAGUGGAGGACAUGAAUGGAGAAGUUCGAUUCUCAACGCAUCUUCCUUAUCCCAACAAUCUCAGCAGGCCGUUGCUUGAGCCAGUUGAGAAGUUGCUGCAGAUGUUGUUACUGUGGGACCCUGUCGCACGCGGUGGAGGGUUGGAUGCUGUUACGAGUAAGGCACACUGCUACAGUGCUCUACAGAAUAUUCUGAAUAUGAAGGUAAUCCAUGUUUUGGACAUGACGUCAGCCGAGCUGCACUCCUUGGUUUUGGAUGCAGACGAGAGCUUACACUCAUUGCAGCUUCGUCUGGAGACGCAUACACAGACGCACAUCUCCCCACUUAAUCAAGAACUGCUGUUAGAGACUGGCAUCUCCCUCGACCCACGCAGACCACCUGCACACUGUCUGCCAGAUGGAUUGAGGGGAUGGGACACCUCCAUAGUCUUUCUGUUUGAUAAGAGCUUGUCCAAGUACUCAGGACCCCUGACUGCCAGACCACCGCCAGACAGUGUCAACUUUAUAGUCAGGGAGACAAAGACACAGCUCCCACUGGCUGCAUUGAGAAAAGUAUGGGGGGAAGCAGUCAGCUACAUUUGCGGACUCAAAGAGGACUACACCCGCCUGUACCAGGGUCAAAGGGCUGCUAUCCUCAGUCUGCUGCGAUACAACACCAACUUAACGCGCUACAAGAACCUGCUCUUCUCCCAGUCACAGCAGCUGCAAGCCAAACUGGCUUUCUUCAAAACUAGCAUUGAGCACGACCUAGAGCAGUACAACAAGCAGAAACACACAGGCAUCUCUUCAGAAAAGAUGCUGAGGACCUGGCAUGAAAAUGAAGCAAAAGCUGAGGGAUUUACAAAGGUUGCUGAUGUGGGUUAUCUGGAUGAAGAAAUAAUUUCUCUACAUUCUGAAAUUGUGGAGUUGCAGCGGAGUCCGUUUUUGAGGCGACAAGGGGACUUAAUGGAACAGCUUGAAGGAAAAGCUAUUGAACUCUACAAGCAACUAAAAGCCAAGUGCAAAAGCCCUGACCCGCCACAUGGUUACAGUGACAGCUCAGGCAUGGUGAAAGCCAUACUCCAAAUGGUUCAGAACCAAGACAGAGUCCUAAAAGACUUGUACACUCACCUUAGUACAAUUCUGGUGUGCAAGCGACGCAUCGUUGACAUUUUUCCAAAGUUGGAGAGGGCAGUAGAGAACAUAAAGACUGCAGAGUCAGCCGUAAUGCAGAUGCAAACCAAGCGGCAGAAGGAGUUCUGGUACCUUCUUAGGAUUGCCUGUUCCCAGGGCAACGCUUCAUCACCAAGUUUUAUUCAGCCCAACAGUGACAGUGAAACUGUUCAUCAGUUACUGGACGACAAUCAUCGUUAUUUAAGUCAGCUUACGUCUCUGCUGCAGGAUGCCAGUGAUGAGAGGGAGCAUAGUAUUAUGGAUCAAGACUGGAGUUGGACUCGACACAACCAAAAAGUCUCAAAAGAGUCAGGCACAGUUAAAAAUAAAAGUUUUUAGUACAUUUGAUGCUAUCUUUGAUCAUCUUACAUAGGAUGAUGUAUUGGAAAUAUUUACAACACAAUGUGUGAUACACAAUGAUGUAAGCCUUUAGGUUUUAAUAUUAAUGGUACAUUUUAUUUUCAAUUUGUGUUACAUUUUAUUUUCAAUUUGAAGUGUUUUCCACCUGGAACGUAUUUAUUUUACCGGUCAACUUCAGAAGAGUAAAGGAUUGUUGCCAAGAACAAUAAACGUGUUUGUUCUUGCUUAUUAUGACUGAAUCAAUUUGUGAACUUUGUUUAUAGAGUGGGGGUAGUGGUUAGCUAACAGGCUGAAGAUCCGGGUUAGAAUCUCCGUUGGAACAUCGCUAUGUGGAGUUUGCAUGACACCGUGCUCCCUCCCACAUUCCCAAAACAUGCAUGUUAAGGUAGUUGGAGCCACUAAAUUGUCCAGAAGUGUGAAUGUUUGUCUCUGUGUGUUCUGGGAUUGACUGGUGGUGACUAGUCCAGUUAAAACUGAACCCUAUCAAAUUUAGUUUGUUUAAAUUAUUUUGUGUGUAAAAUACACUCUUUGAAGUGAAGUAGUUGUUAUACUCUUAUAGAUGUCAUAGGCAAGGCAAAAGAUUACAUAUUUAAUUCAUACUUUUUAACCUUACAGUACAAUCAUGUAAUAUGAUUUUUGCCUUUUCUGUUAAGCACUUUGAAUUACCUGUGUAUGAAUUGUGCUCUAUAAAUAAACUUGCCUUGCCUAAUAUUCUUGACUCAUUUUCGACAU